ACUGCUUGCUAAGUUGCUUUGCUCAAUUUGCUGCUUGCUAGCCUUCUACAGUGCUCCGGCUGCUUGCCUGGUUGCUUGGCUUUGGCUAGUUGGCUUAGUUGCUCGCGUAGUUGCGUUGGCCGCGUUGCUGCUUGCAGUUUCUGCUUGCUUUGUUGCUUGCUAUUUGCAAAUUUAGUUGCCCUGCAGUUGCAAAUUGCAAUAGAUUCAAGCUCAGCAAGGUCGGCAAAAAGAAAGGCUCUAGAAAGAGUUACUGAUUUGACAUAUAAUCUACAAGGAAUUCUUCAUCUAAGGUCGUGCUCCGCCAUUGGGGAGGGAGGUGGUGGGGAAUGGCGGCGGCGACGCUCCGGUGGGUGCUGCAGCUGCACCGGGACGUACCGCGGGCAGCACGGUUCUACUCGGAGGGUCUCGACUUCAGUGUAAACGUCUGCACGCUCCGCUGGGCCGAGCUGCAGUCGGGGCCGCUCAAGCUCGCACUCAUGCACACCAACGACAGUAAUCUUGCAUCGCAGAGAGUCUAUUCUUCAAUGCUCUCCUUCACUGUACCAGACAUAAACAGUGCCGUAUCGAAGCUAAUGGCAUUGGGAGCCGAGUUGGAUGGGCCAAUCAAGUAUGAGAUCCAUGGAAAAGUUGCAGCACUGCGAUGCAUCGAUGGGCACAUGCUAGGCCUGUACGAGCCAGCUUGAAGAACUCGUGUCACAACGAAAGUAUUGAGAAGUUCCAUUAACCACUCACUGAAGACUGAUGUGUAUGUCCGGCAAAAGAUCUUUCCGCGUAAGACAACUUACUGGGCCUGGUGUGCAUGAAGUGGCAGAACUCCUUUUGUUAGCAAAAUCACGAGAGACACGGUGGAUGGUUUGCAGUCUACCAUUCUCUUCCUCGUGCUGCUGGUUAUGAUACACAUUUUUCUCGAACUGAAUGUGCCUAGCAGGUCGUCGUGGUAAGCUGAAGCCAGGUUUCAGUGGUCCUGCUCGGUCAUGGCCUUGCUUCAUGGCAUUGUGCCAGUACAUCUAAUUCAAGUUUCAGUUGUAGUUUGACUGACAUUACAUGUGUGCGUAGUUUCAAUUUGCAAUUCAAGUGCAGGAGUGCUCUGCCCCUGAUCAUCCAUGUAAUUGAAAUUCUUCUGUAAGCAUUUGUUCUGACAGUAUAAUUGUGGACCAUAAAGUUGCUGUUAACUUGUGUGUA